AUGAAUCAGGAAGAAUUGGACACGGAUUAUGACGUUAUUGUCCUUGGGACAGGUAUCACUGAAUGUAUCCUUUCAGGUUUAUUAUCUGUAGACGGUAAAAAAGUCCUACAUAUCGACAAACAAGAUCAUUAUGGUGGAGAAGCUGCAUCUGUGACAUUAUCUCAACUUUAUCAAAAAUUUAAACAAAAUCCAAUCUCUCAAGAAGAAAGAGAAGCAAAAUAUGGUAAGGAUAGAGAUUGGAACGUGGAUUUAAUUCCAAAAUUCUUGAUGGCUAAUGGUGAAUUGACUAAUAUUUUGAUCCACACUAAUGUGACCAAUUAUGUUGAGUUUAAACAAGUCUCUGGAUCAUAUGUUUUCAAGCAGGGGAAAAUUUAUAAAGUUCCUGCAAACGAAAUUGAAGCCAUCUCCUCUCCAUUAAUGGGUAUCUUUGAAAAACGUAGAAUGAAGAAGUUUUUAGAAUGGAUUGGGACAUAUAAAGAAGAUGAGUUGAGUACUCAUUUAGGUUUGGACCUUGAUAAAAAUACAAUGGAUGAAGUUUACUAUAAAUUCGGAUUAGGCAAUUCAACAAAGGAAUUUAUUGGUCAUGCUAUGGCAUUAUGGACUAACGAUGAUUAUUUACAACAACCUGCAAGACCAUCUUUUGAAAGAAUAGUUUUAUAUUGUCAGAGUGUGGCACGUUAUGGUAAAUCACCAUAUCUUUACCCCUUAUAUGGUCUUGGUGAACUGCCACAAGGGUUUGCUCGUUUAUCUGCCAUUUACGGUGGUACAUAUAUGUUAGAUACACCAAUUGAAGAAGUAGCAUACACAGAGGGUAAUGAAGAGACAGGGAAAUUCCAUAGUGUUAAAACUAAAUUAGGUACUUUCAAAGCUCCUUUGGUCAUUGCUGACCCAACUUACUUCCCAAAAAAAUGUAAAUCUACGGGACAGAGAGUUAUCAGAGCCAUUUGUAUAUUAAAUCAUCCUGUUCCAGGUACAGGGAAUGCCGACUCUUUACAAAUUAUUAUACCUCAGAGUCAAGUUGGUAGAAAGAAUGAUAUUUACGUUGCUAUCGUUUCAGAUGCUCAUAAUGUUUGUUCGAAGGGUCAUUAUUUGGCUAUCAUAUCCACCAUCAUUGAAACAGAUAAACCUCACAUUGAAUUGGAACCAGCUUUCAAACUUUUAGGUCCAAUUGAAGAAAAAUUUAUGGGUAUUGCUGAAUUGUUCGAACCAAAGGAAGAUGGUUCUAAGGAUAAUGUUUUCUUAUCAAGAUCGUACGACGCAUCAUCCCACUUUGAAUCUAUGACGGAUGACGUUAAAGACAUUUACUUCAGAGUUACUGGGCGUCCAUUAGUCUUGGAAAAGAAAGCCGAAGAAGAAACCGCAUAG